ACUCGAAGAAAAAUUCAUUUCCUUUCUACAGUCAUGUAGAACCCAUAAACAACUCCUCCAGAUUCAUGGUCAGAUAAUUGCCCAUGGAUUUGAGGAAAAUGAGUACGUCACCCCAACGUUCUUCACGGCUUGUGCAGCACUCAAGAAGAUGGCCUAUGCCCGAAAGGCGUUCGAUCAAAUUCCUGAUCGGAGCACUGCUCUAUGGAAUGCCAUGUUUAGAGGGUAUUCACAAAAUGAUUCUUACUGGGAAGUCAUUGUGCUGUUCUUUCAAAUGAAUAGAGCCGGCGCACUGCCUAGUUGCUUCACCUUUCCCAUUGUUCUUAGAUCUUGUGGGAAGGUCAAUGCAACAACUGAAGGAGAAGAAGUUCACUGUUUUGUAAUAAAAGGAGGUUAUAAAUCAAAUCCAUUUGUGGCAACCACAUUGAUUGAUAUGUAUUCAGCUAGGGGGUCAGUUGGAGCUGCUUAUAAAGUGUUUGGUGGGAUGCUUGAUAGGAAUGUAGUUGCAUGGACUUCUAUGAUUAAUGCAUAUGUCGGUUGUCAUGACAUAGUUUCUGCACGACGCCUUUUUGACUUAGCACCAGAGCGUGAUAUCAUCUUGUGGAACACUAUGAUUUCGGGUUAUAUAGAAUUGGGUGAUAUGGCAGCAGCAAGACAAGUUUUUGAUAAUAUGCCCAACCGGGAUAUUAUGUCAUGGAACACAAUAUUGAGUGGUUAUGCGACUAAUGGGGAUGUUGAAUCCUGUGAGAAGUUGUUCAAAGAUAUGCCUCAAAGAAAUGUCUUUUCUUGGAAUGGAAUGAUUGGAGGUUAUGCUCGCAAUGGACGUUUUUCUGAAGUAUUGGAUUCUUUUAAACAGAUGCUUAUUGAAGCUGAUGUGCUUCCUAAUGAUGCAACACUUGUUACGGUGCUGUCUGCAUGUUCAAGAUUAGGAGCUCUUGAUAUGGGUAAGUGGGUGCAUAUGUAUGCAGAUGGUAUUGGUCUAACAAGAAACCAGUUUGUUGGAAAUGCUUUGAUUGACAUGUAUGCAAAAUGUGGGAAUAUAGAAAGUGCAAUUGAUGUGUUCAACACUCUGGAUAGAAAAGAUAUAAUUACAUGGAACACCAUCAUCAAUGGCCUAGCCAUACACGGGCAUGCUGUUGAUGCCUUGAGUUUGUUUGAUCGGAUGAAGAAUGCAGGAGAAAAACCAGAUGGGGUUACUUUUGUUGGAAUUUUGGCUGCCUGUACACAUAUGGGUUUAGUCCAAGAUGGGUUUUCAUACUUCCAAUCAAUGGUGGAUUGUUAUUCACUUGUCCCUCAAAUUGAGCAUUAUGGAUGUAUGGUUGAUUUACUAGGAAGAGCUGGUCUUUUAGACCAGGCUAUAGAUUUUGUGAGGAAGAUGCCAAUGAAACCAGAUUCAGUUAUAUGGGCUUCCCUACUGGGGGCAUGCAGAAUAUACAAGAAUGUUGAUUUAGCUGAAUUGGCUCUUCAACAGCUCAUUGAUCUUGAACCAAACAACCCUGCAAACUUUGUUGUGCUUUCCAACAUAUAUAAGGAUCUUGGAAGAUGGCAAGAUGUUGCACGAUUGAAGGUUGCAAUAAGAGAUACUGGGUUCAAGAAACAACCGGGAUGUAGUGUGAUAGAGGUCAAUGAUAAUGUGGUGGAAUUUUAUUCCUUAGAUGAGAGACACCCUGAUACAGAGGAUAUAUAUAGGACAUUGAGAGGAUUGACAAUGCUGUUAAGAUCAUAUGGAUAUGUUCCAAAUCUAGCAGAGAUUGGGCGUGGAACUUGAACGAUGGAAGGAGUAUCACAUGAUUGAUAGAUACUUUUAUCACCUGCGAAAUUAUGGACGAAAUUAUCUCAAAAAGCAAUUUUUUCAAGGCUCAGCAAGCAAAAGAAGAGGAAGAAAAUGAACAGUUGGUGGAAGAUUUAGAUCAGAAAUUCACUGAUUUAAUUCAGUUUAAAGCAUUAUUAUCUCUGACGGUGCGGUACCCAGGAAGGACAAACCUGAUGCUUAUGACGAACUUGUCAAAGAAUUGGUAUUGUAAAUGAGAGCUCGCCCCUCAGACAGGACAAAGACUCCUGGAGAGAUUGCUCAAGAGGAAAGAGAACGCUUAGAGCGAUUAGAGGUAUUUAUAAAUUCCUUAUGCUUGGCAAAGCUGGCUUUUAGAAAUGGAUGACUGUAACAUUUGCCAGUUUACUCUUCAAGUGAUGAAGAUGAUGAAAAUUCAGAAAAUCCGCCCAAAAAAAAAAAAAAAAAAAACAACGAACCAAAGUUGCUCUCUGGGGAUGAACUUGGUGGUUCCUUUUCUGUUAGUGAAUAAACUAUGAGCAAAAGGGGCUGGAUUGAUGAGAUUCUUGAAAGAAAAAAAUGCACAAGAUUCUGCUGGUGAGAAUGGUGAAGCUUCUGAUGAUUCUGAAAGUUCUGAUGAGGAUCCUGAUGAAUAUGAAAUCAGUCAUUUUUUGAAGGAUUGGGAACAAAGUGAUUAUGACAAAGAAUGUCAAGCCAAAUUUAGAGGAUGAAGGGGAAGAAGAUAGUGGUGAGGAAGAAGAGCGAGAGAAAAAAGCAGGACAGCAUGACUGGGGCAACGCUGUGAAGAAGCCGAAUGCUACAGUUCUUAUAAAUGCAAAGAAAAAAGAUAAUGUUGAACAUGUUAAAAAGGAUAGGGAUUACUCAGAUGCCAAGAAGAUGGAUUUCGGGGCUAAAAAAUCUUCAGCAAAGUCAGACAUUCCUUUUAUAAUUGAAGCUCCUAAGACCUUUGAAGAAUUACGUUCAUUGCUUGAUAACUGCUCAAAUUCUGACAUUAUCAUGGUUGUUAACCGAAUUCGAGCAACCAAUGCAAUCAAACUUGCUAUAGAGAACCGCAAAAAGAUGCAAGUAUGUAUCUAUGUCCUUUUCCAUUAAAAUCAUAUUAUUUGCAUGCUUGUAUAAAAUUUCUAGUUUUGUCUGAUUACUAUCAGUUAAAGUGGAAACUCUUAGAAAAUU